AUGGAGGACAUCAAAGCUUCCGCUCAUGUAGAGCAUCACAUCGCGGUACCCUCCCAAUCGCUGGGUGAGAAUACCAUCGGGCUUGACGACGAAGUCCUUCUUCAACUGUCUGAGCAGAUCCCCGACUUCUCAGCCCUGGUCGAAAAAGCCCGCCGAGCGUCGCACGUCGAGCACCACCUAACCAACUGGGAUGCAUUCAAGCUAUUUCCGAGAGCAAUUGCAUUCUCUUUGGUUUUGUCCCUGGCCAUCAUUAUGGAGGGAUAUGACACGUCUCUCCUCGGUUCCUUCUACGCCUACCCGACAUUCCAGGAGCGAUUUGGAGUUCCUUCCAAGCAGGGUGGUUACCAAGUCACCUCAAACUGGCAAACUGGUCUGCAGAAUGGGACCAAUGUUGGCCAAAUCUGCGGACUGAUUAUUGCUGGUCUGAUCGCGGAUCGCUGGGGAUACAAGAAGACCAUGAUCGGCGCGUUAGUUUCCCUGGUCGGGUUCAUUUUCCUCAUGUUUUUCGCGAACAACAUUGGAAUGCUCUUUGCCGGUGAAGUUCUCUGUGGUAUCCCCUGGGGCGCCUUCCAAACUUUGACAACAACCUACGCUGCCGAGGUCAGCCCGAUUGUGCUUCGACCAUAUCUCACCACCUAUGUUAACCUGUGCUGGGUCACCGGCCAGUUUAUCUCAACUGGAGUUUUGCGAGGUCUGUUGAAUCGCACUGAUGAAUGGGGUUGGCGCAUCCCAUAUGCUAUUCAAUGGAUCUGGCCUGUCCCCAUCAUCAUUGGUGUCCUAUUUGCCCCGGAAUCGCCUUGGUGGUUGGUACGCCAUGGAAAGAUCGAAGAAGCAAAGCGCUCGCUUGAUCGGUUGGCCCACCCCGGUGACUCGGAGUAUGACACUGGCGAUGCCGUCGCGCUUAUGAUCAUCACGAAUGCCCACGAAAAGAUCACACGCGAGGGUGUUACCUACUGGGACUGUCUGAAAGGUGUCGACCGUCGCCGCACUGAAAUCGUCUGCUGCGUGUGGAUGUGCCAAGUCUUUUGCGGUAUCUGGUAUGGCGGCAACAUCGUUUAUUUCCUGCAGCAAAUUAGCUUCCGCAACGACCAGGCCUUUGAUUUCGGCCUCGGCGUUAACGCGAUCGGCUGGUGUGGUACAGUCUGCUCGUGGUUCGUGAUGCAGCGGGUCGGCCGACGAAAGCUUUUCGUCACAGGGCUUGGCAUCAUGUUCACUGUCCUAAUGCUAGUCGGCUUCUUGGGCAUUCCGAACAAGACUUCCUCCGGCCUGAGCUACUCAUCCGCUGCCCUUCUGUUGGUUUUCGUAUUUACCUACGAUCUCACAGUCGGACCUGUCACCUACUGCCUCAUUUCCGAGAUCCCAUCCACUCGCCUUCGAAUCAAAAGUGCUGUGCUCGCCCGUAACUGCUACAAUAUCGCCAGUAUUAUUGCCAACUUUCUGAAUCCUCCUAUUCUCAACCCGACUGCGUGGAACCUCAAGGGCAAGGGAGGUUUCAUUUGGGCACCCUUGUGUCUCAUUUGCUUUGUCUGGUCAUUUUUCCGUUUACCAGAACCCAAGGGCCGCACCGCACCGGAGCUCGAUCUUCUCUUUGAUAAGAAAAUUCCCGCUAGGAAAUUCUCCGAAUUCGAGGUCACUCCGUUCCGCUCGACUAAUUUCGAAGUUGUAUCUGAGACUACCGCUGUUACUGAGAAGCUUUAA